CAUUUCUGAGAAAACUCAUCAAGGUGAAAUAUGGCCGAUGUCGUUCGGCCACAAGUACGUAUGCGAUCGCGGCGCGCCAGACGUGUCGUAAAUUUCUCGCAAAUACCGCAACUCGAUCACGUUCGACGGGAUCUCAACGCGGAACGUACGUAUGCCGUUGGCCAAAAAGGGAAAAGGGAAAAGCGGCUUCCCAUUACGCUCUUAAUUGAAACAGCGAUCUCAAAUGUAGGGGAAUGCGUCCGUCUUGAAUAUCGACGGACACAAAGAGAGAAACGGUAACGUUAAAACGGUCGAAAAAAACGGCAGGGGGAGAUUGAAGGAAAGGGUGGAAAGGCCGGAAUGAAUAGAGGGAGGCGGCUGGAAAGAGAGAAAGAGAGAAAACGUGAUAAAUCUCGCCGCGAACAAUAAGUUAUCGUAAAGAAUCGUUUUCGCGUUUCGUGACACGGCGGGAAGAACAAUGAUUUGUCGGAGAAAUUCUCCAAUUCCAAUUCCAAUUUCAGAAAUGGCCCUAGAGACACCGACAUGGCUGAAUCUAUGCUUCGCGGAGAAGAUCCUGCGAAAGUCGGAAGGCGACAAUUCUAUCGAAGUGACCGAUAUAUUCUCAAAACCGGCCACGAAUAAAGGUGACAACUACGCCAGCGACAUGAUCAGGAUUACUGUCGAAUUUUCACGUGAUCAAGAUGGCCGUAAGAUUUCAGAGAAGAAAUCAAUCAUCAUUAAAGCCUCGCCUAUAAUUGAUGGUGCUCGACAGGAACUUAUCGAGCAAUCAGGUCUCUUUCAAACCGAAAUAUUAAUGAUGUCAGAUACCUUGGAUAAAAUGAAUAAGAUGUUAGACCCAAAGCACCGCUUAAGUGGAAAAGGUCUAUACGUACAAAAUGAAAAUCCAACGCUUUUGGCGAUCGAGGAUCUCGCGCCUCUCGGCUAUCGCAUGGCCUGUCGUCUGUCUGGUCUUGACCUAACUCAUUGCGUAUUGGCACUUCGCGGAAUAGCCAGGUUUCAUGCAACCUCUGUAGCCGUAUGCGAGAAGGAACCAAAGCAAAAAGAUAUGUAUGCAAGAGGAAUGUUUAGCAGCCUGCAACCAAUAGAAUUGAGAGGUUUUUUCAACAUGAGUGUUAAAGCUCUAGCAGACGAAGUCGCAACCUGGCCAGGAAUGAAAAAAUACGCGGAUAAAAUUGCUAAACUUGUCGAUCACAUAUACCAAAUAGGAAUAGAUGCAACCAAGCGCUCUGAUGAUGAAUUUAAUGUUAUUAAUCAUGGUGAUGUCUGGGUGAACAAUAUGAUGUUCAAAUAUGACAAUGAUGGCAAUCCUAUUGAUCACAUUUUUGUGGACUUCCAACUGUGUAUCUACACGUCGCCGGCACUCGAUCUUCUCUAUUUUCUCAGCACAAGUCCUUCACUGGAUGUCAUUGAAAACAAGAAAGAUAUUUUAUUAAAUGAAUAUCUUGGCACUUUAUCGAUGACUAUGAAACAACUAAACUGCAAUACGCAGCCGCCCACUAUGGAAGAACUGAAGACUCUCUUAAAACGAAGAGCUAGCUACGGGAUGAUAGCAUCCUUCUCAGUUUUGCCGAUAGUAUUGUGUUGUAAAACUGAGGCAAAAGAUUUAGGAGAGCUUAUAACCGAUGGUUUUACAAAUCCAGGUCUUAAAAGUGAAAGUUAUAAAAAAUUAAUGCAAAAAAGACUUCCACUGUAUGAUGAGUGGGGUUUACUAGAUCUCUAAUGCAUUUUUUUCUUUAAUAAUAAAGAAAUAAA